AAUAAAAUUACUAACAUACUACGUCGGUCAGCGCCAGCAUGAAAAGUCGCAUGCUGUAUGCGAGCGCAAAACAGCGCGAGAAUCGAUAUUUAAAGCGCUGCGACUCCGAAAUUGUUACUUUUUUUGUCUAUUAAAAAACUCGAUUCUCCCGCGCCACUGUCUAUGCUAUGGUGUAAAAGCACCUGAUGAAAUUUUUGCUGCGAGCGACGUCACUCGCUGUGUGUAUAAUAUACAGUUUCUCGGUUCUUCAGCCACAUAAGCGCAUGCGAGUGCCACAUUUAGGUGAAAAACAGCAUUGCACGAGUACACACGGCCAGUAUACAGUCAUCAGAGUCCAACGUCAUAACAUCAAUCGAAGUUAUAUCUCAGGAUGGCAGACGAGGUAGCAGCGGGUCUGCAAAACGUCAGCGUCAGCGGAAACAAGAAAGACAAGUCAAAAAUGAAGCAGAAAGCAGCUAAUCCUGAAAAAAGUGGGGUCAAAGAACUUAACCCAUGGCCUACUUAUAUUCAGGAAAGAAUAAGUUUGUUUGACAAACUUAAAGCAGAAUAUCAGGCAGAAAUUGCCUCCAAAACACCAGAGGAGAUCACGGUUACCCUGCCUGAUGGUAAGACUGUUAAAGCUGAGUCAUGGCGUUCAACUCCUUAUGAUGUGGCCAAAGGUAUAAGCCAAGGUUUGGCUGACAGCACUAUCAUUGCCAAAGUCAAUGAUGAAUUAUGGGAUUUGGACAGACCCCUGGAAGCUGACUGUAAGCUACAGCUUCUCAAGUUUGACAAUCCAGAAGCUCAAGCUGUUUUCUGGCAUUCGAGUGCUCACAUUCUUGGUGAAGCUUUGGAAAGAGUUUAUGGUGGUUGUUUAUGUUAUGGUCCACCCAUUCAAGAUGGUUACUAUUAUGAUAUGUACACUGGUGAAAAAGGUAUUUCAGUUGAUGAUUAUCCCUGCCUUGAUUCACUGUUCAAAAACAUAGUCAAGGAGAAACAGCCUUUUGAAAGGCUGGAGAUGAAAAAAGAAGAUUUAUUAGAAAUGUUCAAGUACAAUGAAUUCAAAGUUAGAAUUUUAAAUGAAAAAGUUAAAACCCCUACUACUACAGUAUACAGAUGUGGUCCACUGAUCGAUUUGUGCCGAGGCCCACACGUUCGUAAUACCGGUAAAAUCAAAGCCGCCAAAGUAACGAAAAGCUCGUCCGCCUAUUGGGAGGGUGACGCGAAAGCCGAGACACUCCAACGAGUUUACGGUAUCAGUUUCCCAGACUCCAAACUGCUCAAAGAGUGGGAGAAAAUUCAAGAGGAAGCGGCGAAACGCGAUCAUCGUAAAAUUGGCAAAGAGCAGGAGCUGUUCUUUUUCCACGAGUUGUCGCCCGGUUCGUGCUUCUUCCAACCUCGCGGAGCACACAUUUACAAUACCCUCAUUGAAUUCAUUCGUGGCGAGUACAGAAAGAGAGGCUUUCAAGAAGUUGUCACGCCCAACAUUUACAACAGUAAAUUAUGGCAGACUUCUGGCCAUUGGCAACAUUACGCAGAAAACAUGUUCUCGUUCGAUGUUGAAAAGGAAACAUUUGCGCUAAAGCCCAUGAAUUGCCCAGGUCACUGCAUGAUCUUCGAUGUCCGAAAUCGGUCGUGGAGGGAAUUGCCUCUCCGCAUGGCUGAUUUUGGUGUGCUGCAUCGUAACGAACUUUCCGGUGCCCUGACCGGUCUGACGCGCGUACGUCGUUUCCAGCAAGACGACGCCCACAUUUUCUGUACGGCGGAACAAAUAAAAAAUGAAGUCACCGGUGCCUUGGAUUUCCUUGACAAGGUCUACUCGGUCUUUGGUUUCAGCUUCAACUUGUGCCUUUCGACGAGGCCUGAUAAGUAUAUGGGAGAGAUCGCCGUUUGGGACGCCGCGGAAAAAUCCUUGAGCGAGAGUCUCGACGCUUUCGGCAAGCCCUGGACUUUGAAUCCCGGCGAUGGUGCUUUUUACGGACCCAAGAUUGACAUUACGAUUUUGGAUGCACUCAAGAGAGCUCAUCAGUGCGCCACUAUUCAAUUAGAUUUCCAGUUGCCAAUUAGGUUCAAUUUGAGUUAUGUGAACGAAACUGGUGAGAAAACUAGACCAGUAAUCAUUCACCGUGCUAUUUUGGGAUCAGUUGAGCGAAUGAUUGCCAUUUUGACUGAAUCUUAUGCCGGAAAAUGGCCAUUCUGGCUGUCCCCGCGACAGGUGAUGGUUGUCCCAGUUGGUCCAAGUAUCGACGAGUACGCCGAAGAAGUUCGUAAACGUAUUUACGAAGCAGGUUUCAUGGCUGAAGUCGACACCGAUCACGGUGACACGCUUAACAAAAAAAUUAGGAAUGCUCAAUUAGAUCAGUUCAACUUCAUUCUCGUCGUUGGCGAGAAAGAGAAGACUUCGGGUACAGUUAACGUGAGAACGCGAGACAACAAAGUUCACGGAGAGAUUCAAGUUGACGACCUUAUUAAAAAAUUCAACGGUUUCAAGGAAUCAAAGGCAAUGAAUUGCGAAGAAAACUUCUAAAUUACCUCUGAAUUCUAGAUUCUUUUCAUAAAUCAUGAAAAAAAAAUUGCCACCUACUUUUGCUAAAAGUAAUAAAUCCAAUAAUAAGUUUUACACGUAACUAGUACAAAUUUUCACAUUUUUUGUACAAAAAUGAUAGCUAAUUAUUAUGUAAUUAUGAUGCUAAAUAAAAAGAAAAUUAA